UGUCCCCGGCCCCCCCCCCCCGCCAUGGCCGUCUGCGACACCCCCCAGGCGGCCUUCGGGGCCCUGCGGCCCGCCUGCGUGCGGCUGGCGCGGGCGCGGACCGCGGCCAACGUGGCGCGGCUGCAGGCCCAGCUGGACGCCGUCGGGGCCGCGGCCCUGCAGGAGCUGCAGGAGUACGUCCUGUUCCCUCUGCGCUUCGCCCUGAGGGCGCCGGGGCCCAGGCCGGAGCGGCUGGUGCUGAGCGUGGCGCAGUGCAUCUCCUCCGUGCUCGCCGCAACGCGCGUGAAGAAGCGGGAGCUGCUGCAGGAGCUGUUCUCCGAGCUCUGCUCGUGCCUCGCUCCCCCGGGCGGCUCCAGCGAGCCGGCCUGGCUGUCCGAGGAGCUAAAGCUGGCUGUCAUCCGGGCGCUGCACACCCUGAUGCAUUCCGCUUACGGGGACGUUAUCUUCUCUCUGUAUCAACCUGCCACCCUUCCCCUCUUAGGAUUUGCUGUAUCUUUGCUUCUGGGCCUAGCAGAGCGAGAGAAAGCAAAGCAAAUUAAGAUCUCUGCUUUGAAGUGCUUACAGGUCCUGGUCCUGCAGUGUGACUGCCAGGAGCAUCGCCACCUCAAUGAAGAUGAGGCACAGCGAUGUGGGGAUUUGUUUGCUUCCUUUCUGCCGGGGAUUUCCAUUACGCUGUCUCGGGUGAUUACUGGAGACAUCAAACAAGGUCAUAAAACCACCGUUUCUGCCAUCAGACUCUUUUAUCUGAUCGUUGGCUUGGUAAUGGCUGAUGCACAGCUAGCCAGAAUCCCAAAGAACAAAGAAAAGCUGCCAGUGGAACAAAGCAGAAUAUCAGAACUAAUGGUCCAUAGAGGGCCUGACUGGAGUAAAAGUACUGCUGAAAAACUCUCUCUUCUCCUGCAUAAAAUGGUUGAAAUUUCUUCAGUUCACCCCCACUGGAAAGUGAGACUGGAGCUGGUAGAACUGGUCCACCACUUACUGAGGAACUGCAGCCAGUCGCUGGUGGACUCGUUCGGUCAUCUUUUAAAGGCCUUGGUUGGGCUGGUGAACGAUGAAAACAGCGAAGUCCAAAGCAGGUGUAACGAGGUUCUGCAGGGCAUUGCAGAGCAGAGGAUUGUAGCACAGAACAGGGCUCUGGCUGAUGUCCUCUCCGAGAGCCUCCACUCCCUCGCCACAGCUCUUCCUCGCCUGAUGAACUCUCAGGAUGACACGGGCAAGGUUUCCACUUUGAGCUUGUUGCUCGGCUAUCUGAAGCUGCUGGGCCCCAAGGUCAACAUUGUCCUCAACUCCGUAUCCCACCUCCAUCGUCUGUCCAAAGCGCUGAUGCAGGUUCUGGAGCUGGACGUGACAGACGUGAAGAUAGUGGAAGACAGACGCUGGGGCUGCGAGGGUGGACCUGCGGGCUCCUUGCAGCACGGUGUGCAGAAAGGCAGAUCUCAGAAGAAAUACUUCCGCUUCUUCACGGAGGAGAAAGUUUUCCAGCUCCUUCAGCAAGUUUGUCGUGUUCUCGGCUACUAUGGGAACCUCUAUUUGCUUGUGGAUCAUUUCAUGGGGCUGUACAGUGAAUCCGGCGUCUACCGAAAGCAGGCAGCAAUGGUCCUCAAUGAGCUGAUUGCUGGAGCCGCUGGGGUGGGAGUGGAUGUCCUUCAGGAAAGGGAGGUUUCGCUGGACAGGGAUGAUCUGAAAGGGUCCAUAAUGUCCAUUCUCGAUGAGUACACAGACCAGGCAAACUGGUAUUUGAUCACUAGCAUUGAUACAGAAGAAACCAGCCACCAGCACUCUGUGCAGCAUUCGGGACUUACUGCCCGUCCAGGAGAUGCGUGCGGUGGCAUUCUCCUUCCGUCCCCAGAGCCGCACGUAACAACCUGCACCAUGAACAGCAACAUCUGGCAGAUCUGCAUCCAGCUGGAAGGCGUCGGCUGCUUCGCUGCUGUCCUCGGGAAGGAGUUCCGCUCGCUUCUGCUGUCAGCUCUCUACCCUGUGUUGGAAAAGGCUGGUGACAAGACUCUGCUCAUCAGUGAGACGGCACUGGGGACACUGGUAGACAUAUGUGAGGCCUGCAGUUACGACUCCUUGCAGUGUCUGAUUAAUGAGAAUUCUGACUAUCUGGUGAAUGGGAUUUCCCUGAAUUUGCGCCAGCUGGCACAUCAGGCACAUGCUUCCCAGGUCCUGGACACUAUGCUGAAGCACUCAGAUGCUAGCUUGCUGCCACUGGUAGAAGACGUUAUCCAAGAUGUCCUGUCUGCGCUAGAUCAGUCUUACAAUACCCAGGCUUCCACUUUCCUCAGGGUCCUCCACUCAGUAAUGACAGCUUUAGUCCGGUGGUUUGGAUCGUCCUGCGGUGAGGAACACCAACAAAGGCAGACUGCCGAGUGGCAGAGCGGGACCUCGUCCCAGGGGCAGCAGGUGGUGACCAGGCAAGAAGUGGAACGAUUCUUCCUUGACUAUAUCAGACAGAAGCAGAUCGCAGAGGGCAAUCUUCCCGACACAGAGGAUGAGGAGGCAGAUGAGGUCCCCCCUCCUGUUAAACCAGAGCAAAACAACUCUGACACAGAAGGAGAAGCUCCACUGCCGAGCCACGCUCAGCUGGCCAAAGAUGUGAUGGAGAGGUGCAUCCACUUGCUGUCCGACGGGAACCUCCGAGUGAGGCUGAAGGUCCUGGAUGUGCUGGAGCUCUGUGUAACUCUGCUGCAUCUUCACGGAAACCAUCUGCUUCCCAUGGCUCAUCGUGUCUGGCCAGCUCUCGUCACCCGGCUGAUCAGCGAUGACCCUCUGGCAGUACUCAGAGCCUUCAAGGUCCUAUGUACCCUGGCUCAAAAGUGUGGGGACUUCCUGAGGCAGAGAUUCUCCAAAGAUGUCCUGCCCAAGCUGACCAGUUCCCUCCUCAGCCAGGCCCCAGCAAGUGCCAGAGCCGGGCCUGUGUACAACCACACACUUGCCUUCAAGCUGCAGCUGGCUGUGUUGCAGGGACUGGGUUCUCUGUGCGAGAAGCUGGACAUGGGUGAGAGUGACCUGAAUAAAGUGGCAGAUGCCUGCCUGAUUUACCUCAGUGCCAAGCAACCCAUGAAAUUGCAAGAAGCUGCCCAGAGCGUUUUCCUCCACUUAAUGCACGUGGACCCUGACAGCACCUGGCUCCUCCUGAGCGAGGUCUGCUGCCCGCACCAGUACGAGCCCCCCCACGCCAGCCUGCGGCCCGUGAAGCUGCGUGGGAUGGGGAGCCAGCGGAACGAGUUCACCGACAACGUGCUGCUGCUGCUGGAACGGCUGCAGCUGCGGGAGCGCGCGGUGCCGCGGGCAGGCGCACCGGGGGCAUCUCCUCCCUGACGGACCCACGCAGCGGCCGGGGGGGGAAAGAGGAACCGCAGGAGAGAGCUCGCCCGGGAAAAUGCCGCCGCUUGGGCCCCAGAUCAUCCGGCGGGCAAAGAAGGGACUGCCCAGUCUGGGGCACUGGCCAAGACACCUUCCCCCUGGGCAGAAGUUUACUUUUUUAAAACAGUGUUAGAGGAUGAGGCGGGUACCUUGCCCUCAUUCCUGCAGGCUUGUACUUCUCUGCACACGGUGCUGGAAGGAACAAGUUCUUCAGCACAAAGAGUCAUUUUCCAGAAAUGACUUCCCAACACUGGAUCCUUGGGUGGUGCCCCUUCACCACACCCCCCAAAUCCCCUCUGACCUCCUCACAAGUGUGACGCUCCCUCCUGUUCUCAGCUGGACAACCAUUGCCAACUCAAAACAAAAGCUUUUUCUGGCUUUAACCCUUCCCAGGGAGAGAAUCCAGCUUGGGGUGCAUUGAGAACCUUUUCUUUUUAAAGCCACUUAAUAUCAGAAACCGUUAAAAUGCAUUUCCAAUCAAUUCCUCACCAGUAUUACUGGCAAGAACAACAUGUCCUCUCAGAAACACCAAGGCUGUUCCUUGCAGUCUGCUUGGACUGGCUGCGGAGACUGGCCGACUGCUCUGCGCUCCCCCGUUCUCACCACCGCGUGCGAGACGUUCUCUAGGGAAACGUCCAGCCCUGAUUUACAACGAGCGCAUGAUUUACGGCUCCUCGUUCCCUGCCUGCCUGCCAUUCUCGCAGGCCAUUUCUUAGACCUCUCGGAUUUUUAACACCCACCCCAAGGAGAACUCGCUGAAGCACCUCCCCGUGCCCCGGCGCGGCCUCCCGGGCGGGUACAGGCGGUGCCACGGGUGUGAGCACGGCGGUGCCACGCUGUGCCGCUGUUUGCUGGCGCAGCGCCGGCGGGCAGGGGGACGGCUCCGGGGUCUGCUGCCUGCCCGAGGGGCUCCCCUCGGGAGCAGGGCACAGGCUCUCCGCCCGCCCGGGAGCUGCUGGAGCCUGUUCCAGCUCCCGCGUCCUCCAGGCUCCGGCCCCAGAGAUGGUCUCUGAGGGCGCUGCUUUACCUGCUGCUCCCAGACCGCGCCGUCUCCCGGGCUCGUCGCCUUCACCCACAGCAACAUCUGGCAGCAGGCUGCCUCCUGACACGUGUGAAAGUUUUGUGCUGGUAAAGCAAAAGGACAGAUCUUGACUAAAUUUGGAAGCAAGCUCAGAAAUGCAAAAACCAAAGCAAUAAACUGAUUGUUACAUGGAA